AUUUCCACCACCAUGACACCUGAUUCUUUUACCCUGGAGUAGAAGCAUUACUUCAAGUAUUGUAUUGCUUGCUUAUUUGCUUACUUAAUAAAGCUAAUCCUAAGACACAAUACAUUUUAAAAGCUAUUUGCCGAAACGUCUUUCAGUCUUAACUCAUGGAUGGUGACUAUCAUUCUUAGAAGACGUGUAGCCAUGGCUGCUGUUUAUUCUGGCAUUUCCUUUAAGCUUAAAAGCAAGACAACUUCCUGGGAAGAUAAACUAAAACUAGCUCACUUUGCUUGGAUUUCCCAUCAGUGCUUUCUACCAAAUAAAGAACAAGUUUUACUUGAUUGGGCAAGACAGACAUUGGUUGCAUUUUAUAAUAAAAAACUCGAACUGCAGGAAGAUAUUGUUGAAAGGCUCUGGGUCUAUGUAGAUAACAUUCUACACAGCAGGAAAUUGCAGAAUCUCCUGAAGAGUGGAAAGACUGUGAAUCUUCAGAUUUCCCUUGUCAAGGUUAUAAAUGAGAGACUAGCAGAGUUCUCACUUGCGGGAUCCCAGAAGAAUGUCUGUGCUAUCCUGAGUUGCUGCCAGGGCAUCCUCUCAACACCUGCCCUUGCUGUCAUCUACACAGCCAAACCAGAGCUGAUUGUAGCUUUGCUGAGCCACCUUUGCUGGUCAGUCUGCAGACAACCGGAAGGAGCCAUGACAGUCCAGCUAUUUGAAGUCAUUCAUCUGGCUCUUGACCAUUACCUCAAGCUUCAGCAACAGCAAGCCAACCCCAGACGUGUCUUUGCAGAUAUGACUGGCCACCUCCUCCAGCCUUGCCUAGUCCUGAGACAUUUGCUUUUUGGGGGCACAUGGACACAGGCUGGUCAGGGCCAGUUACGGCAGGUACUGAGCCGAGAUAUCAGGAGUAAGAUUGACACGGUUCUUCGAAGUGGUGUUUUUCGACAUGAUUUACUCUCAUCUUAUAAAGAGGAGCUCUUGGAACAGCACCAAGACAACGGAAAGAUAGGGGUUCUGAAGAGUCUUCUCACUCCAAUGGAAACUGUGAUUAAAAGACUGGUAGAGCCUGACUACAUCAAGUCAGACCUGCAUGCUUCGGUUGUGGCAAACUCAGUGUCCUUAUUGUACAGACUCUUUUUGGACUCGUACCUUAAGGAAGAAAACCAGUUCCUUUGUUUUCAGGCUCUCCCCAGGUUGUUUGGCUGCUUGCAGAUUUCACACCUGCAAGAGGGACAGAUGGAAGCUCUAACCCUAUCAGAUUGGACCACAGAGCUUCUGGCUGUAGAGCAACUGCUAAAUUCAGUGGCCACCACCAACAUCUACAAUGUGGCUGCUGACAGGAUCCGACAUGAGGAGACACAGUUCCACUUCUACCGCCAUGUGGCUGAGCUGCUGAUCAACCAUUCACAAGCACCUGUGCCAGCUUGGUUUCGCUGCCUCAAGAUUUUAAUGUCUCUGAAUCAUUUGAUUUUAGAACCAGACCUAGAUGACCUGUUGUCUUCAGCCUGGAUUGAUGCAGAAGUAACAGAAUUUCGAGCUAAAAAAGCCCAGGAGGUACUUAUUAACACUGUCUUCCAGACAUAUGCCAAGCUCCGACAGGUGCCACGAUUGUUUGAAGAAGUUUUGGGAGUGAUCUGCUGUCCAGCGGCAGAGGCACUGAGGCAGCCUCUGCUUACCUCAGGCCCCUCUCUGGCUCUCUGUGCAUGCCUCUUGGAGCUGCCACUGAGUCAGAUCCUGGAUACAUGGUCCCUUGUACUAGAUAAGUUCCAGUCUUUAAUCAUACCCUGUUUGCAGAGUGACACGGACAUGGCUUUGAAGGCAUUGUCACUGAGCUCUCUGCUGCAUUGUAUCAUGUUCAACAUGCCAAGUCUGGACAACAGCAUGCCUCUGCCCAUCAUCAGACAGACACAGUGCAUAAUGGAGAGGAUGCUGAAAGAGCUUGUGAGACCCCUUUUGGGCCUUCUCGUGGACCUCUGGAGCUCAGAGUCUGAGCUGUGGCAACAGAAGGUGAGUGACUCUGCACUCUUACUCUCUUACACCUGGACUCAAGUGGACACUACUUUCAGUUUGCACUGCAGCCAGUAUCAUUCUCUGGCAGGGCCCCUAGCUGGGGCUGCACUGGAUGUCUCAACCCUCCCUUUGUUGCUACCAGGUGUGGAAACACAGCUUUGGAAGAAGGUGGAAAAGUGUAUAGUUCAGUCCAGGUCUCUCAGUAGGUACUGCUUAGAACAGCUGUACCUGCAGAAGGUGAAAAGGACUUUGAUGCGAACUAGUUCCCAGUCUAAAGAAGCCCUUCAAACCUUGAGGGAUGACACUGCCCGCAUUCUGGAUUCUAGCAGAGACUGUUUAAGUCAGAAGACAGUAGUUGCCUGGGAUAGGCAGGUGUCAACAAUGAAUGAGUCUACAUAUCCUGUAGCACACUGGCACCUGAUCGUAUCAAACCUCACAGUUUUAGUACCCUACCUUUGUUUGGAUGAUGUGAAAUAUUUGGCCACUGUCCUGUUAAGAACUUUACCAGCAAAUAAAGCCCAGGAAAGCUUGGCCCAUGGUGAGCCAUACAUCACACUUGAGACAGUAUCCACAGCCCUCCUGCACAGCCCUCUCUUUCCAGAGAUGCCAUCCCUUCAUUCUGCCUUCCUGAUGUGUAUUACUGCAGAAUGUUCUAGCAUUCUGUGCUCUGGUGCCCAUAGUGAUCUGAGUCUUAUUAGUCAGCGGUUUCCCUGGCUUUUUGAAAAGGACUACCACACAUUUGUGGCUCACUGGGAAACCAAAUUAGCAAAAGUUGGACUUGAAGGUGUAGAACCAAGAGGAGAAGUUGCCCAGAAUUUUCUAUCUAUGAUCAAGAAUGGUUUUCCUAUCAAGCUGGAUGAAGAGCAGCUAAAAGUCCUCCUGGAGCUCUUACAGGUCAUCUCCACCCUUCACCUGGACAGCCUCAAGCCAUCUUACCACGUGCAUUUUUUUUUUCUGUUAGUCUCCAUGGCUGUCUCCACAUUGGAGCAUUGCUCUUGCCCACUAGCCCUCCAGUACUUGGUGACAUGCUACCGACUCCUUAGUGGUCUGCAGAGGGGAAGAAAUGCCCGCUCUGUGUUCAGGGUCAUGUAUGUUAGUGACAUCUUUGAGGUUGUGCUGACCUCACUGUUGCAAGCCAGCACAGAAUUUCAAGUUAGGGAGGAUGACCCCGAUUGGCUACAGCUUCUUCAAGUGUUAGGGAUGUUCUUGGAACAGCUAAUGCAGAUGCUUAUCCAAGUAAAGCUGAGCUUGGUGCUCAAUUUUGGAAAAAUCACUGCCUUCCUCUCAAGAUGUAGUAAGGAAGCUUCCAGCAAAGAAUUGAAGAUCCAGAGCCUUCGGUGUAGGCAGCUGCUUCUAGUGGCUCUAAACAAGUUGUGUCAAAGUUUGGGGCCUUAUGUUAAGGAGCGAAGGCAGCUACUGGAGGCAUCAGCAGCACUACCUGAGCUGCUGCAGCAGGCCAUGAUGCAGAUGGGUGCCAUGCUGCAUCUCUGCCUAGUGCCUGGAACUACAGGCCGCCGCCUGCCUUCAGUCCUCCUCUCAGCUGUCCCCACGCUUUUAGAAGUAGACCUGAGCCAACAUGUUCGGGAAGGACAGCCCCAGAUUUCUCAAGUGGUGGAUACGGAUAGAACAGUGCUUUCUCACAUGGCCCUUUAUCAGGAUGUCUACAUUCAGUUGCUGGAGGAGUUGCCUGCCCUGUCGGGGAAUACUCAGUCUUUCCAGGCAGCCUUGCAAUUUCUAACCUUGUUCUUUUUGGCCCCAGAGCUCCAUUCCAAGGAGAGCUCUGUUUUUACUUCCAUCUUUCAUUCUGUGCAGAAAGUUCUUAAAGGUCCAGGCAUUUCUGCUCAGGAUAUUGAGCCUCACUUAGAAGCCCUGUUCGCCCAAAUGUUUGAGGCUGGGACAACAGAGCAGUUUGGGAUCAUACUGCAGUCUAUUCUUCAGGGGCUGGACAUCACUCAGGCAUGGAAGUCUGAUCAGCAGGUGGUUUUGUGUGCCAUUAGACUACUCAGUCUACUACUGAAAUGCCCACUCAAUGGAGAGAAGGCGAGUUUGCUAUGGCGUACGUGUCCCCAGAUAGUCACGGCUCUAACGCUGCAACACCGAGAGGCCUGCCAGGAACAGCCUGUGGCUCUAGUAGUGAUUGAGCCUGUUCUCGAUGUCCUGGCUGUUCUGUUGCGGAAAGGGGAGGAGACCAUCAGCAACCCUCAUCAUGUCAGUCUGGCUUUUAACAUCUUGCUCACAGUCCCUCUGGAUCACCUGAAGGCACUGGAGUUUGGCAGUGUCUUCCAGAAGAUGCACAAUGUGCUAUUCUCCAUCUUACAGUGCCACUCUAGGGUGAUGCUGAAGGCCAUUUCAUCCUUCUUGAACUCGUUUAAUAUACUAUUGUUUUCAGUUAUGCAUGAAGGACGGCAGAAAGACAAAGAUCAUCACAUUUUACUGUAUCCCAAACGUGACUGCAUCUGGCAUCUCUGAUUGAAACUUCUUUUUCUGGAAGGAAGGGGGUGGAGGAGAAGAGACGAGAGGCUGCACACUACUGACAGAUGUUGCAGUUCUCCCUUUACUCUGCCCAGCUGUGAGCAGCUAGCUGGUGGCAUAACGAAUUUAUCUUGCAUAGCACAGUGCAUGUGUUCAUCUAAUUAAUAUUAAAAAUCUACUGAUGUGUAGGGCUGGUAACAAGUUCUUCUCUUUGAUAGCCUUUGCUGGUAUAUGACUGUCUGUGGUUCCAGUUAAGGUUAUUUAAUAUCCCAAGAUGCAAUUCUGAUGGUGAUGUCUUCCCUGAUGUGCCCAGGGAGGCAGAAAGGCAAAGCAACGUCUUGCUAUGGACUGUGGAAGUAAAGUGUGGCUGUAUGCUAUGUCAAGCUUGUCCCUUGUCACACGUUCUGAGCAUGCAUGGAAGCAUGUGCUUCAUGUUGACCUAACUCAGUUCUCUCUAAUCCCAAGGUUAUUCUCUGUACUUAUGGCUUGGUCCACAGGGUUUAUCAGUUCUAUUCUCCUUAUUGGGUUCUGAUGCACUCUUAUGAUUAUGCAUGAACUUAGUGACUGCAAUAAUCAGUCACUUAUACUGUCUAAAUAGAGAUUGUUAGGUCAUGAAGCACAUAGCUACAGUGCGGGCCUUGUGAAAUACUUCCCAAAUAUUAACUGAAUUUCAUAGAAAUUAAAUUGAUCUAGAGAACUACAUUUAUUAAAGAUAAGAUGUCUGUGUGUUUAUUCUCAAAAAUUACUGUACAUAUUAAAAAUCAGUUUUAUUGAGGUUUAAUGUUUGCAUGAUGCACUUCAUCUGUUUAAUUGAUAAUUAAGAACAAACUGAAGCCACGCCACAACCAAAAGAUAGAUUCUUUAUGCGUUUGAGUUCUGUGUCUUUGUAUUAGGUCUGAUCUUGAGCAACCACCAGUCUACCUUUUGUUCGUGGGUUUGUUUGCAUUUUCCAGAUUAAUAAAUAAAGUUAUAGCAAUUACUGUGCUUAGCAAAGCUUGGGAGGUGCUGUAGCAUGGCCAGUGCUCCCUAUCAAGUCAGGGCAGACUUGGGGAGCUCAGGAACUAGAUGGUCCUACACUGACUAGCAAGAGAGGACUGGAGCCGGGCGGUGGUGGUGCACGCCUUUAAUCCCAGCACUUGGGAGGCAGAGGCAGGCGGAUCUCUGUGAGUUCGAGACCAGCCUGGUCUACAAGAGCUAGUUCCAGGACAGGCUCCAAAACCACAGAGAAACCCUGUCUCGAAAAAACCAAAAAAAAAAAAAAGAGGACUGGAGUGAGAAGUGACUCUGGGAAGAUAGGGGGAGGUGGGGAUUGUCGGCUGAUGGCCUUAUAUCUUAUCUCCAUUUGCCUGUGAAAGGAAAACCUUACACAGACAAUUUCUAGAACUGAUAGAGGCAAAGGCAUAAUUUGGAACUCUUAAAUCCUCUCAAUAAACUGUUUGUCUUGAAGAUAGUCUUCAUUUGAUCCUGUCUUAUAACAGUCUAUCUCCUUUAAAAUGAUAACAGUCAUAGAUUUCAUCCUUAAGUGAAUUGAUUUUUCUAGUUAGAUAUUGUAUUAGUUAAUUACCUGGCUGUGGUAAAAUACUGACAUAGGCAGCUUAAGAAAGAAGGGUUUAUUUUGGCUCACAGUUUGAGGAGAUACAGCCCAUCAUGGGGACAGAAGUAUGGGGUGGUUGGUCAGGAAGUAGAGGUGAAUGCUGGUGCUCAAUUGGCUUUCAGCCCAGGACCCCAGUCCAUGGAAUGGUGCUGUCCAUUUCAGGGUGAUCGUUCUUGCCCACUUAAUACUAGGUUGACAAUGAAAUUAACUAUCAGAGGACCUUCCCCCCCCCCCCCAAAAAAAAAAAACACGUGGACUUGAAUAUCAUGUUUUUUACCGUUGUCAUGUUUGGACAUAUCUUUUACCAUAUUUUUGUCUAUAGAAUAAGCCAGUAGAGUCUGGAAAGAGUAGAGAGUUGCAGUCAGUUUUACUUAUAGUAAGAUUGUAGGGCUAGAGGAAAUGCUCCUGCCAUUUCAAAGCUAAUCAUUUUCCAUCUGUAGGAAGCAUGGAUGACUUGCCAGUGGUCCUUGAGUGUGCACGCCUGGUGGAAAGGAUGUAUAGCCACAUUGCUACUCGAGCUGAGGAAUUCACCGCGUUCUCCCCAUUCCUGGUGGCCCAGUAUGUGACAGAAGCACAGA